AUGGAUAACGCUGUAAUUGCCCUACGCGGAUAUCAUUCAGUUGCCGACGUUCGUGACGCUGUUGCCGAAUACGGACGGAAGUUUAACAUCGUACUCGUUGACAAACGUUCCAAAGACCGUGUAAUCUGGUUCACUUGCACGCAUUACGGAGACUGUGGAAUUCGUAAGGGUAAUGCCGACGAUGACGCCGUGGAGGACCAAGAAGCUGCGCUCAAAAGUCGCGUGAAAUUGGAGUGA